CCCAAAGGUUUCUGGGAAGGGAGACCUGAUACCCAAGGAAGGACUACGUAUCCCAGCAAGCAGUUCGCGACGCAAGGGCACAGGAGGAGGAGCCCAAAGCCCUCGCCCCGGCGGAGCCAGUGACAACACCUGGCACAGGUGGCCAUGGGGAAGCGUUACUUCUGCGACUACUGUGACCGCUCCUUCCAGGACAACCUCCACAACCGCAAGAAGCACCUGAAUGGGCUGCAGCAUCUCAAGGCCAAGAAGUCCUGGUACGACAUGUUCCGAGAUGCAGCUGCCAUCUUGCUGGAUGAACAGAACAAACGGCCCUGCAGGAAGUUUCUGCUGACAGAGGAGAGGAGGGCCAGGGAGUGGCCUGUGGACAUCACUGAAAUUCCUGAGGGCCAUCUGGAGGACUGGCUGGAGAAGAGAGCCAAGCGGCUGAGCUCAGCCCCAAGCAGCAGGGUUGAACCCAUCAGAGCCACUGUCUUCCAGUACCCAGUGGGCUGGCCACCAGUCCAGGAGCUGCCUCCAUCUCUGCGGGCACCCCCACCCGGCGGGUGGCCCCUACAGCCCAGCAUCCAGUGGGGCUAGUCCCUCAUCCCCACCUGACCCCCACCGGGUCAGCUCCCACUACAGUCACAGUAAAGUUAAGGGCUCAUACUAGGAACGCUGAAGUCACCUCCAGCUGUGGCCCCAUAGAGCCUCUAAAGCUAUUAGCUCAGCCUGGCCUGGCCUUGCUGAGGCCCAGGAGUUCUCCCCCCAGGUGGCAGCCCUGGCUCUGUGCCAGUCAGCUCCACCCUCCUUCCCUCUUGAAAAGACGGGUGAGAAAACUUCCCGCUGGAUGUUUAUAAAGAAAGUCUGUCACUAUGGUGAUAUGGCUACGCUUCCCCCUUGCCGGGUGCGUCAGCUACGUGCUCUGGUCCCUGGUCAGCGGAUGGGCAGGCCUGGAGUGAUAUGAGGUCUUCUCCAGGGUGACAGUACUUGCUGCCCUUCUCCCUUGGGAGCUGGAAAAGGGUGGCCAGUGUGGCUGUGACCAUCACCCAUUUGAGAAGUGGCUCCAGUUCUGGGGAGAAGGAGCCCAAGGACUUGGUCUGCCAUGCCCAGUCCCCAUAUCUGCUCGAGCUGAACUGGGGCCCAAGCAUGAGAUGGGACAACUGAGGCAGGGAUGGGAGCGGGGUCUCCAGCCUAGUGAGUGUAGAGAAAUGGGGCACCCAGGAAGAAAGGCCCUGGGCUUGAGAGAGUGGCCUGGGUGAGCUUCCUGGCAUGGACAUGAGCCCCUUCAAGGCUUCUGCCCUGGAGGAGCCCCGGGCCAGUGGGAAGAUCACAGGCUGCUCAGGCAUUUGAAGCCUCCUGGCCCCUCUGCUCCCUUCCUCAAGUAUCCUCCAGUUCUAAAUUCUGUGCCAGGUGGUAGUGGGCAUAGCCCUCAGGCCACUGGGCCUCUUGGGAGGUACCCAGAGGGUGGGGGCCUGGAGGGCCACCUCAGUUGCCCCAUCUUCCUAGAGCUUCUGCCCUUCCUGAAAAUCCUAUUGAUGGGGUAACAGGCCAAAUGUGGGGACCCUUUGUACCUUGGGCUCUCAUCUGUGAAAUGAGCUGGUUCUUGGGCCCGUGGGUGUGUGAAGGGGGCUGGAUCUGAGUGUAAGGAGGGUCAGAGGACGGAACCCAGCAGAAGGCCAGGAGCCUUCUUGGCCAAUGCCAAGGAGUAGAGCCCAGGAGACCCUGGCCUCAUACCCCUAUACCCCAGGAAGAGGCUUUCUGUCCACCUCUACCACCUGGCCUAUGGCCCAACCUCAGGGACCAGGGUUGGGCUAGUUGUGUGGCCCCGGACACAGGGUGUCCCUUCCUGCCUAAGGGACACAGCAGCUACUGAGCCCUGUACAAAUUCUUCCUUAAUAUCCCAGGAGCCCCUGGACAGUGGGAAGAGUUAGUGCUACGUACACGCCAGGGUGGGGCAGGGGCAGGGUACAGGCGGGACUGGAGGCCGUCCUCGGAGCCACCACCAGGCCCUCCACAGCUGGGCCACGGCUCCAUGCAAGGGGUAGGGUCAUUGGACGUCCAGGCCCUGAAGUACACGCAGUGGUGGUGGCCCAGGGAGUGGCUGAGGGAAAGGACUGCAGGCGGUGGUGGAUGUGGAGGGCCCCAUGCACCUCUCGCGCCAGAUGAGGUGCUCAGGCGAUGCCUAUUUCAUGCCGCUACGCAGUACCUGGUUG